AUGACGACAAUUGAACCGGAGAGUGUUCUUGUUAUUGUUGUUUAUUCUGCAUUGGCAAUUACUGGAUUCCUUGGCAACAUGUGGGUUCUAAUGACUGUUUCAAUGCAGCUUAUUGGAUGUUCUUCAAAUCGUGCAAGAACAUAUAAAUCUGUUGUUCAAUCAUCUGCAUAUAUUUAUUUGCUUCUAUUAUCAAUUGUUGAUUUGCUUUCAUUGAUACCUGUUCCAAUGUUGGUUGCGGAUAUUUAUAAAAACAAAUUUGAAUUUGGUGAUUUCUGGUGCAAAGUUUUAUAUAUUUGUGAGGGAAUGAACAAAACCUUAAGUCCAAUGGUUUUGAUGGCUCUAUCUAUUGAUCGAUAUAUCGCAGUUUGUCAUCCAACAUUAUACUGGAUGCGUGAAACAAGAUUUGCCCUUUGUGUGGUUUUAGUCAGUUCCUCCCUAUCAAUGCUUUUCCUAGUUCCAAUCACCAGAAAUGCUGUGACCCAAUAUAUGAUAGAUAACAACAAUAAGGAAGUUAUGAAAUGUGCAUUUGAAGCGGAAUUCUUUUUCUUCUUUGAUUUGAUGCACACCGUUGUCUGCUAUCUCAUCCCCUUAACAGUUAUCUGCGCAGUAUAUUUGGCGAUUCUACUCAAACUUUAUAAACACACCAGAUUUUCUGCAGUUGGUCAAAAAACCAGUAUCUCAUUGUCUCGAGUUGUCAAAUGUUCAGUGAUGGUUGUUGCGUUCUAUUUCAUCUGCUGGACACCUUAUUGGAUAAUGAGAAUUCAUCUGAUGGUUAUCACAAUGAUUACCAAAAUUUCACCAAGUGAGUUUGCUUUCUCUAGUUAAAAACCAAAAGAAUUUUUUGGUCUCUCUCAUCGGUGUGGCAUUUUCAAGUGUGUAGUUAACUAAUCCAACACUUGAGAAUUGCUGACACCUUUUUUCUGCGACAAGGGCUUGCAAAAACAUUCUUUUCAGACCCAGAAAACACCAAUUUCACAACAGCUGCACCAAACUUGAAUGCAACAACAGUUUCAUAUCAUUUCGCAGUAGAAGAAACUACAGUGACAACUGUGGCUACAAAAAAAUCAAUUGAUUUCGAAAUUGUGUUGAUGUAUAUGCUCCACGCUUUACCAUAUGCACAAAGCGCGUUUAAUUGGUUGUUCUACGCAUUCUUGAAUCGCAACUUGAGAAAUUCAACAUCAAGAUGUUUGAAUGGAACAAGAUCUGCUGCAACAACUUCAGCUGUUGAUAAUGCUGGAGUCACAAGUACAAUGAACACUAGUUUGACACCAAUCUGGAAAAAUAUUCAACAAAUGGGCACACAAAUCAAAUCAGCUGGAAUUGACACUGGAAAUGCUUUAUUGAAAAAAUCACCGUUCCGUGGUAGAUCAAGGAUACAAUCGAGGUAAGCCAAGGGUUUUAGAGAGAGAAAGGGAAAAGGAGAUUCGCUAGAACACGUCACAUAAAUCACAACAAAAAUUUAAAAUUGGAUUUAGGAUGAAUGAGGAGUAUUUGUUUUUUUUUAGACCUAGAAAAUUUGUGGAUUUCUGACUCAUUCAUAUAUUUGUAGAAACGGUUUUAGAUUUUCAUAAGCAUUACCAAAAAUUAUUCGAAGCUCAUCACCAACUUUUCAGUGAUAUUUUGAUGAUAUCAAAUUGAAAGUGCAAAUUUUAAAAAUAGAAUUGUUUUUCCCAAAGCCGCGAAUUUCACACUUUGCUAUGAAUCAAAAUAUCAACUACAUAAUUUUUCAGAAGCGCGGCAUAUCUCGAUUGUUCUCAACAUCAACUUCGAGCAUCAUCCCAAUUAAAUCUUAGCUCUUCACUUCUUGAUAUCCCAAGAAGACCUUCAUUAAUCCCACGACAAGAACCAUCAUUGGUUGGAAAAGCUCUUUCAUAUACAAAUCUUCCACAACCUUCAUAUCAACUUAUCGAUCAAAAAGAAGAGUCUUCUCAUGGAAUGGUUUCUGAAUCAAGUUCUGUUGAAUGGCUCUGA